AUGCUUGUAGCUAUGAAGGUCAUCUUACUUGUCCAGGUUUUAUGCUUUAUCACACUCGCUGCCAAAACACCGGUCGCAUCGAAGAAGUCAAAAUUAUGUGGGAAUGAGAAAUGCGAUGAGAUUCUAUUCAAAGCAAAGGUGAAGAGAGUAAUGGAUUCUACUCAUGAGGCGUUUCUGUCGCUCAAGGAAGGCGUAGUGAUCGAUGUUACUGCAGUGAAAUUUAGCGACCGCACUGAUUUAAUGGAAGGCGUGCUAGCUGAUGGAACAAGAGGCAACUUUUAUAUUGGUGCAAUUGAUAUCGGAAGUUACAUAGAAUUUCUACGAGAUGCUAUACAUCAGAAGAAAGAACUAAAAGAAGUUAGCCAGACUCGAGAUGAUUUAGGAUCGAAGAAAUUGUUAGGUACUGUUCGAGCCGAUUUGCAUUUGGUACGCGACUAUAAUGUCCAGGCUCGUCGAUAUGCUGAGGAGCAAAAUCUCCCCGAACCAGAGUUGUUUCCUUUACCAGAAGAGGCACACAAUAACCAUGGACACAGUCACAGUCACGGAAGUGGUCAUGGAGCACAUCCUCAUUAUGUCGGUCAUCUCCAUAGCCAUGAGCACACGGCUCAACUUCACGGAUCAAAAGGCUCUCCGACUGAACAUGUCGAUGAUGCGACUGUUGUAACAGUGCCACCCCCACCAACAAAGCCUGCGGCAUCGGAGCAACCUCAACCGAUGGGUGUCAAUCCAGUGACAUCUGAGCCGGCUGGAUCCAUAGGUGUCAAUCCCGUAGUAUCUGAGCCGGCUGGAUCCAUGAACGUCAAGCCUGUUGCAUCUGACCCGACUGGAUCGAUGAAUCUCAAGCCUGUAGCACCUGAGGUGACUGGCUCCAUGGGUGUCAAUCCUGUGGUAUCGGAGUCGGUUGGAUCUAUGGGUGUCAAGCCAGUGACACCUGAGGCCAGUGGAUCCGUGGGUGUCAAUCCUGUGGUAACAGAGUCGGCUGGAUCUAUGGGUGUCAAGCCAGUGACACCUGAAGUCAGUGGAUCCAUGGGUGUCAAUCCGGUGGCAUCUGAUCCGGCUGGAUCUAUCGGUGUCAAUCUCGUCAAGGAGGACAUAGCACUGCCGACAGCGGAUAACCAAUCACAAACGCAUAUUGAGGGAAUGCCUUUGAAUGCAGGAAACGUUACCGAUACUCCAGUAUUAGAACGGCUUUCAACGGCUGACGUCAUAGCGUCAACUGCAAAGGCUAUGAAUCUGAAGCCAGAGAGCGGUGACUUUUCGUCGUCUGGCUCGCGUUCAUUGGAGCCUGAAACGCAGCAUGUAGGAACUGUGGAUCCAAGCACUACUCCACCUGUAGUCCCUAUGGAUUCUGUUGAGAAACUGGGACUUGCUGAGCUUACCAAACCGAAGGAACCACACAACACUGCUGACACACAAGAAGGUUCGGUUUAUUUGAUUGGAGGAGUUUACCAUGAAGUUGAAGCAAUUCCGGACAAGGUCCCUUUGACAUUACAACCGUCAACCACGUUAUCACCGAGCGAUUUUGAUGUUCGUGUGCCCGUAACAGAAGCGCCUGCAAACCCUCCUGAAGAUGUUGACAAGUUCUGCCUCCGCGAAAAGUGCCCGAAUGAUGGUGAUCCGGUGCCUUUGGAGGGUAUUCCGCGUACUGAUGAAGGACAGCGUGACAUGAGUGUAUCUAAUGAACCAAAGCAGGAGGCUAUGCAUGCGAGCGGCUCUGAAAAUUCUUCAAGCACUGUUCGUGAAGUUCUGAAAUCGCUAACAGGAGCUAUUAGGAUCGUCUCAUUUAUGGACAGUGUUGAUGAUGCUGGGAUUGGCUUCGUCAUCAACUUGUCGUUACUUUUUGCGGCUGUCGUGUUCCACUUCAUUUCGUACUUCCUUCCAGACUUCAACGGAUCCGUCGUUUGUAACAGUAUGAUCACACAUGAUCUUGGAACCAAAUGUAAACUUCUUGACGAGCUCAACAGAUCGAAGGAUUUGGAAAUUAACAGGCUUGCUUCCGCAGCUGGUCGCUCUCAGGGCAACAUGGACGAAGCGGCCGAGCUCCGCAAGGAAUUAUGCGCAAAGGAAGCAAAGAUUCAAAGCUGUCUACAAACGUGUGAAAACCAAAAAAGCGAGCUGGAAGAGGAACGUCGCUUACGUGAAGUGGUCGAAAACAAACUGGAAUUCGAGCGCAAACGUGCUAUCCAAGCCGAGGAAGGUUCCGAAGAGAUGAGGCGUCGUCUUCUGGAUUCAGAACAGGCUCAUUUUCGUGCAAUGAACGAACUGACUUCUGCUCGCUUGACAAUGGAAGCACUCGAGCGAGAACUCCGCGCUGAAAAACAACUGAAUGAGGAGGCUGCAGCUGAUCUGAAGAAAGCAAAUGACAUCGAACAAAAGCUCCGCAUGGAUUUGCAGUUUGCCAACGAAGAAAUCAAAAAACUAGCAUCAGAGAAGAGUAACAUGGAGCUAGAGAAUGCAACACUGUCUUCCAUGAUUGAAGAAGCGGAAAGGAUAAGGAAGGAAGGAUCAGGUGGCUCGGGUGGAUGGUCAGAUUUUGGAGACGACAUUGUUGAGCCGGUGGACGAAGAACGAGAAAGAACCCCAACUUCUGCAAAAGUAGCUGCUCCUCUGAGCACUCUACCGCCUACACCUGAUAUUCGUGAACUGACUAAGAUACGGAUUCAACUGAGAAAAACUGAGCAUGAACUAGAAGCCGCGCGUGUCGCUCUUGAGUAUGAAAAAGAAGAGCGCAAUCGAGCGGACUCAAAACUGACGUCGCUUCAAAACGAGUUGGACCGAAGAACCAGAGAGGUGGAGGAACGCGACCGCGACCGAAGUCGUGCUGAUGAACGUUGCAACGAGCUCUUGGCACUAGUGAAAGACAGCAAUACUAAAGUGAAAGAAACGGAGCAGUUGCGUGAUAAGCUGUGGGACGAUAUUGCUAUUCUGCAAAACGAGCUGGCCGCCAGAGCGGAGGAUAGGAGGAAGAAGGAUGAGAAAAUUUCUGAUUUGGAAUUCGAGUUGAAACGUAUGCGUAACGAACAUCUGAAAUUGGAAACAAGGCGGUUCAACGAAGUUCUGGAGUUGAAGCAUAAAUUGGAUAUGAUUCAAACGAGUCAGAUGCAACCUAUUCCUUCACCGACACAUGGCUAUGACUUUCUAACGAAUCUUGAGCGAAAUGCUGCGCCUUCUCCUACUUCUUUGUGGGAAGAACCUCCUCGCCCGAUGAGUAGUAAUCGCACAUCAACUCCUGAAGAAGGCUUGCUCUACAAUGCAUUCCCAACGCAUGCUAAAAAGACUUCUACUCGCGCACGGAAAUCAACUCGGGCUCAACUCAGCAAUUCUCCGAGCGAUAGGGAAAAGCGAAAAGAAUCCUCUCAUCGCCGGGUUCGUUCUCGGAGUCAUGGGCGGCUACUUUGGGAUGGAAGAUCGAGUGACACGUCUCUGCAAUAUGGUCCGAUGGAUCAUACGUACCCUCGUUCUUUUCUCCCUUCCACUGAAUAUGAAAUGGAAACCACAGGCCACCACCGUAAUAAAGUUGUUCAUGUCUGUCACUCUUCCGGUGGAUCUAAUGCUGGUCGAAGUCCUCCUCCAGAAAUGCCUCUUCUAAGCGCUGUUCCGCCACCUGGUCUUCAGAAACCUGCAGGGAAACGGAUAAUCGAUCCUGGGUUGGACGCGAAGCCCUAG